GCAGCACCAAUUCAAAUUGAUUCAAGUGCUCUGACCGUACCAAAGGAUAAACUCGAUGCUGCGUUUAAAUCUUCGACUUCACCGGCAGAAAAAUUUGAAGAUGAUGCAUGGCUCUCCUCUGAUAAAACUCCUGUGCUAUUGCCCAAACCCAUUGCUAAACCUUCUUCGCAAAUGACUUUAAUGACUUUUCAAUCUUCACAAAUGGCUUUACAACCACCUAUUAAUACACAAACUCCAUCAUUACCACCGGCUCCGUUGGCAGCUGCUGUUGUUCCACUUAAUACAAUUCUUCAUCAACCACUUAUUCCGAUGAAGAAUGAAAUUCCGUCACAAUUUAGCACACUACCAAUCACCAACAUCAACAACCUGAGAAAUAACAAUCAAGGUUUAAUGGGCAAUUUACCUGUUAAUAAUUAUUCUCCGGGUAACACUUGGAAUAAUUCUGGGAUUGUACCUACGCCAUUACCGGUCGAGACACAUUCAGGGUACAGCACACUUGGUGUAACUAAUCAAUUCAACGCAAAUUUUAACACUGAAAACCAAAUCCAACCAACAUUGCUUAAUACUCCACAACUACCACCAACUACUACUCAGUCAUCAGCAUGUGACCCUAAAGUUGUUUUUGCCGCGAUGAAAACUGGACAAAUUGGUCCAAACAUCAUUCCGAAUGCUACAGAUGACAAGUAUUCGGCAUUUAAACAGGUGGAUCUCCAAGGUCCAAGUGUUUUCAAUGGACCAACACCCAAUCAACUGAGUACGAAUGGAUACAAUCUUGGUCAAAAUCCUGGUGUAUUAAAUACACCAUCGUGGAAUCAAACCGCCACAGGUGGUUUUUCUGGUAUGGGUGUUCCCCAACAAAACCCUAGUUACCCCCCCCUUGCAAAUCCCAAUGUCAAUUUUGGUUUAAACGGUCAACAACCUCCCAAUCAGCAAGGAUUUAAUAAUACUCCAGGUUAUAACAAUCUAAAUCAAAACCAUAAGUGGUAA